AUCGUUUUCUCACUCAUUCCCUUUUCCUCUUCUCCUCCUCUUCCAAGAGAGAGGUAUUUAUAUUUCAAUUUAGCCACCUCCCUCUCUGCUCUGCUCGGGUUUUUCCAUCCUGAGCGAAACAACGACGACAACAACGACAAGGGGGAGUAGUGAGUGAGUGGUUGACACUAGACUAGAGAAUAGAAGAGAAGAGAUGGCUGGUCGGAGUCGGACUCGGACUCGGACUCGGAGCUCCACUAAAUGCCAAUGGGUCUUCUUCCUUGUGCUUCUCUUCCCUUUCUUUUUAGCCGCUGCUGCUGCUGCUGAUGUGGAUGUUGAAGAUGGCGAGCUCCUCAACGGUGAUUUUGAAACCCCUCCCCCUCCAUCGGGGUCGGAGGAGGGGGGCCCGGCCGCCAUUCCUAACUGGAAGACGAAAGGGGAAGUGGAGGUGGUGCAAUCAGGGGAGAAGCAGGGGGGGAUGAUCCUGAUCGUACCGCAGGGAUCGCACGCGGUGCGGCUGGGGAACGACGCCGAGAUCAGCCAGGAGGUGAAGGUGGAGAAGGGCAGCCUCUACUCCGUCACGUUCAGCGCCGCCCGCACCUGCGCCCAGCUCGAGUCCCUCAACGUCUCCGUGCCCCCCGCCGCCUCCCAGACCAUCGACCUCCAGACGCUCUACAGCGUCCAGGGCUGGGAUACCUACGCCUGGGCCUUCCUCGCCGCCGACCACGACGCCCGCCUCGUCUUCCGGAACCCCGGCAUGGAGGACGACCCCACCUGCGGGCCCAUCAUCGACGACAUCGCCAUCAAGAAGCUCUUCGUCCCCGACAAACCCAAAGACAAUGCCGUUGUAAAUGGAGAUUUCGAAGAGGGCCCGUGGAUGUUCAGAAACGAGUCUCUAGGGGUGCUCCUCCCGACCAACCUGGACGAGGAGACAUCCUCUCUGCCCGGGUGGACUGUGGAGUCCAACCGGGCUGUCCGCUACAUCGAUUCCUACCACUUCUCAGUCCCCGGAGGGAAGCGCGCCGUCGAAUUGCUGUCGGGGAAGGAAGGGAUCAUCUCGCAGAUGGUGGCGACAAAGGCAAACAAGGCUUACCGACUGAGCUUCUCCCUGGGGCACGCAGGGGACGCCUGCAAGCAGCCGCUGGCAGUCAUGGCGUUUGCCGGCGACCAGGCGCAGAACGUGCACUACACUCCGGAUUCGAACUCCACCUUUCAGGCGGCGAACCUCAACUUCACGGCCAAGGCGGAGAGGACCCGUGUGGCCUUCUACAGCGUAUAUUACAACACGAGGACGGAUGACAUGAGCUCGCUGUGUGGUCCGGUGGUGGACGACGUCCGGGUGGAGCUCUCUGCUGCGGCACCUUCCGCAAUGGCUAAGCUUGGUGGGGCUUUGGGAUUAGUUGCAGCAGCUCAGUUGCCAUGGUUGCUUUUGCUUCUUUAGUUUGUAAGGGUUGUUUUUGUUUUUUUACCUGCAGCCGCUAUCUUUCCUUUCGGGUGAGUCUGAUUUCACAUCCAUCCACCUAAUCUUAAUCCUGGAUUGGAUUGGAUUGUGUAUUGUUACUACUACUACUUGGCUUUUAUUCCACCGACAAGAAUGAAUGAAGAAGAAUCGAAGCUUGAAAUCA